ACACCAGUUCGCCACGUCCACGCCAAAACCCCACGACGCCCAAUCGACCGCCGCGUCCUAUAAAACCACCUAAAAUCCCGGCCCUGGCUUGUCACCGCAAAUCACAGCCUACUCAAGAACUCAACCAUGGCUUCCCCUAAGCUGCUCCUCCUGCUCGCCACCUCCAUCCUGACGUGCGGCUUCCUGGUCGCUGACUACUCCCCAAUGACCCUGACCGUCGUGAACAACUGCCCCUUCCCCGUGUGGCCGGGCGUCCAGGCCAACUCCGGCCACGACGUCCUCGAGGGCGGCGGCUUCUUCCUCCCGGCCCUCUCCCACAAGUCCUUCCCGGCGCCCACCCACCCCUGGUCCGGCCGCAUCUGGGCGCGCACGGGCUGCACCGGCGCCGGCGCGCAGCUCCACUGCGCCACCGGCGACUGCGGCGGCCGGCUCCAGUGCGGCGGGCUCGGCGGCGCGGCGCCCGCCACGCUGGCGCAGAUCAACCUCCACCACGGCAGCGACCAGACCUCGUACGGCGUCAGCGUGGUGGACGGCUUCAACGUGGGCCUGUCCGUGACCCCGCACGAGGGUCGCGGCAACUGCCCCGUCCUCGCGUGCCGCAAGAACCUCACCGAGACCUGCCCCAGCGAGCUGCAGCUGCGCUCGCCCGCGGGGAGCGUCCUCGCGUGCAAGAGCGGCUGCGAGGCCUUCCGCACCGACGAGCUGUGCUGCCGCAACAUGUACAACAGCCCGCGCACCUGCCGCGCGUCCAAAUACUCGGAGUUCUUCAAGCGCGAGUGCCCGCAGGCGUUCACCUACGCCCACGACAGCCCCUCGCUCACCCACGAUUGCGCCGCGCCGCGCGAGCUCAAGGUCAUCUUCUGCCACUAGAGCUCGGAUGGGUGAGCGCGCGCCCGUGCGCCGGCACCGUCAACAAGAGUCGCUAGGAUUCACGGCGUGCGUUUAAGCGUGUUGCGUACUUGUGCUGCUUCUGUGCUCGAUUAGCUAGUACUAGUUGAAUUUGUGCGUUCUGUGGCUGUAAGACUGUUGCCAUGGUGUUGCUGCUGCUCAGCUUCCAGGCUGAAACAACAUGUGAAGAUGUGUACUGAUCUUUGUCGCAUGUUCAGAUGUAACAACUCCAAGUGUUAACAUGCAUUCGGGUUCUUGUUAAUUAGAAA